UUUGCUCUCUCUCUCUCUCUCUCUAUCUCUUACACUUUUUAUUUUGCUGUGUGUGUAUAUAUUAAAUAUUCAUUUAAUUUUUCCGGAUCGAGAAGAGAGAAAAGUUCUCCAUGUUCUGAUUGUUUCACGAAGACCAGAAAGUUACGGCAAUGGCGGUUUAUGGCGAGAAGAAGCAUUGGUGGCUUCGCAACAAGAAGAUCGUGGACAAGUACAUGAAGGAAGCAAGGAAUUUGAUCGCGAGCCAAGAUCCCAACGACGUCAAAUCGGCUCUGAGUCUAAUCGAAUCUGCUCUCUCUGUCUCUCCUCGUUACGAACUCGCUCUCGAACUCAAAGCCAGAUCGCUCCUCUACCUUCGUCGAUUCAAAGACGUCGCCGAUAUGCUUCAGGAUUACAUUCCGAGCCUUAAAUUAGCCGGCGAAGACUCCGGCUCCGGCAUCGGUUCAUCGGAGCUUUCUUCCACGCAUUCGUCUCGAGAAUCGGUCAAACUUCUCAACGAUUUGCCGACUCAUGAUGAUUCCUCCUUCAAAUGCUUCUCUGUCUCCGAUUUGAAGAAGAAAGUCAUGGCAGGUCUCAGUAAAAACUGCAACGAACAAGGGCAGUGGAGAUAUUUGGUUCUGGGUCAAGCUUGUUGCCAUCUAGGUCUAAUGGAGGACGCAAUGGUCCUUCUCCAAACCGGUAAACGCCUAGCCACCGCCGCGUUCCGCCGUCAGAGCAUCUGCUGGCCCGACGACAGCUUUAUCCUUUUCUCCUCCGUCGACGGCGGAUCCUCUCCUCCCUCCUCCGUCGUCGUCUCUUCUGCCUCUCAACCUCGAUCUCUCACCGAAUCCGAAAGCGUCGCUCACGUGUUAUCUCACAUUAAGCUCCUCUUACGACGGCGCGCCGCCGCACUCGCCGCUCUCGACGCCGGACUCUACUCCGAAUCAAUCCGCCAUUUCUCCAAAAUCUUAGAUAGCCGCCGUGGAGCGCCGCAGGGAUUCCUCGCCGGUUGCUUUAUGCACCGCGCCUCCGCCUACAGAUCCGCCGGCAGAAUCGCGGAAUCCAUCGCCGAUUGCAACAAAACCUUAGCCUUAGAUCCGUCCUGCCUCCAAGCCUUGGAAACCAGAUCCGCAUUGCUCGAAUCCGUUCGGUGUUUCCCGGAUUCGCUUCACGAUUUAGAACACUUGAAACUCCUCUACAACUCAAUCUUACGUGACCGGAAACUUCCCGGUCCGGUUUGGAAACGGCACAACGUCCGGUAUAGAGAAAUACCGGGGAAACUAUGCGUUUUGACCUCGAAAAUCCAGCAGUUAAAGCAGAAAAUCGCAAACGGAGAGAUCGGAAACGUGGAUUACUACGCUCUGAUGGGAAUCAGACGCGAUUGCUCGAGAUCAGAGCUGGAUCGAGCUUACUUAUUACUCAAUUUAAAGCAUAAACCGGAGAGAUCAAUGUCAUUUAUUGACCGGUUAGAGUUAACCGAUGACGAAGAAGAAUUAGACUCGGUUAAGGACCGAGCCAGAAUGUCAACUCUGUUACUGUACAGAUUGAUCCAGAAAGGUUACUCCGUCGUGACAAGUAACAUCGCGGCGGAACAAGCGGCGGAGAAGCAACGGAAAGCAGCCGCCGCCGCCGUUACGGAAAAUCAUCGUAGUAAUAACAUCGAAACGCCGAUUAGAGCGGCUGCGGUUGCUGCGAACAGUAACAACAGUAAUACGAAUGUGGUGAAAGGAGUGUUUUGUAGAGAUUUGACGGUGGUUGGGAGUUUGAUUGCACGGGCCGGGUUUAAUCAACCAAUUCCGGUUAAAUACGAAGCGCUUAGUUGCUGAAUCUUCUUCUUCAUUUUCUUCUUCUUGAUUCUGCAGUUUGUACAAAAGAAAAGACAGAUCACAUUGGAUGAAAUUAUGGAUAAUAAGAAUAUUGUCUGCCCGAGAAUU